AUGUCUCGUUUCUUACCAAACGCAUACCUUUCACCAUCGCCAUCUCAGCUGACUAAUUAUGAUUAAGACAAUAGUAAUGACUGUUCGUCUUUAUUCUCAAGACCUUUCAUUCUUCCUGGAGAUGUAGUUGCUUCUAGAACAGAAGAGCUACCUAACUAAUUUAGCUUGAAUGAGAGUCUUGGACUUGGAGAUCCAACUUGUACUUUCAGUAUCAAACAUUAGAUAAAAUCUUCAAGGAUCCCUGAUAAAAAAGUGAGGGUUCAUCCUUUGCCAGCAUAAUAUGCUAGUGAUUCAAACUAUACUCUUGAUAAGCCCUAGUGUAAUUUUCAAGACUCUGUGGAUAAUAUGAUUAAUGUCCCUUUCAUUCCUAAAUUGCCACCUCAUAAGAGAUCUCAAAGAGGAGCUCUCUUCAAUUUCAUGAACUCUGCAGAUAACUCAAAUCAAACUCAUCCCUACAAAGAAGAAAUUGAGCAAUUGACAUUAGCAGAUUUCAAAACCUAAUUUAUAUCACUUUUAAAGCAUUAACCACAAGCUAAUUCUUCUAUAAUAAUCAUCGAUUCCAGUAUGAAACUAGAAGAAUUGAUUUAAGUUAUUGAGAAAUCGUCAGCUUUUAUCUUCUUGGAUUAUGUUGAUCACAAAUUUAGAAGCUAUUAUGGCUUUAUUUGCUGGUUACUAAUCCAAACCUCUGACAAUACUAUCUAUUUGGUAGACUGUAUUAAGCUAAGAUCUUAAUUGAUAGAGUUAGUUAGAGUAUGUGCAAAUCCUACCAUUUUAAAGGUUAUCCCAAGUGAGAAUUUCGAGGUUACUCAUCUUCAAAGAGAUUUUGGAUUAUACCUUGUGAAUGUAGCCUAAAUUCCCUAAUCCACAGCAAUUUAAAAUAAAAUUAAUUCAGAUUGGAGGAUCAGACCUUUAGAUUUUUCUAAGAUUUAGAUAUCCCCUUUUCAAUCUAACUAACUGAUGGAUGAACUAGCCAUUUUAGAUAAUAAGCAGAAUGAUAUUGAAUCAGAAAAGUUCAUCACUUUCAUAAAUAAUAACUUCAAAUUGUGUUUGGAUAUUUCAAGAUUAUAACAUUAAAAAUAGUUACAAACAGUGUUUUAUUCCACUAAUAAGCAAAGUUUGAGCUAUCAGGUACUAUAAUGGAGAGAUGAUAAAGCUAGGUUUGAUGAUGAAAGUCUUGAAUAUGUAUUACCUUAGACUCUAAUAGAUGAGAUUGUUGCUUAAAGUUAAAUUAUUAAGACAGCAGAGGAAUUGAUAGAACUAUCAAAGAAAAUUUUAGAAGGAUAUGUUCCAUAUUACCUAGAAUAAUACUGCUAACAAGUAUUCUCAAUGGUUCUAAAAUAUAAAGAGCAAAUUGAAGUGAAUCAAAUAGAGCAACUAAGCAAAACUGAGGAAUUGCAAAAUAUUCCAUCGGAAUCAUUAAUGAGUCCAGAGCAAGUGAAAAAGACACAACCACUAAUCAAACAGCAAAACCAACAGUCAGCUUAGUCUAAUAAGUCAAACUAUGAGCCAAAUAUAUUCAAAGCUCUUAAUUGGAGCCAAACUAAACCUAAUACCUCUAGCCAUUGCUAUGGGCAUGAGUUAGCUACCCCUGAGAGAUAAUACCGUAACAUACUGACCUAAAAGAAUUUCACUCCAUCAUUCUUUAUCGACUCAAUUGAACAUAAAAAGCCAUAUCUGCAGAACAGUAACACUUAGAAUCACACUAGCGAGAAGAAGAUGUCGGAAGGAGAUGACAGUGCUUCCAGCUUUAAGUUGAAUAAAGAGCCUUGUCUCAAUAUCUUCAACAGAAUUAAGUGCUUCAGUGAGAGAGUGUCUUCACCGGAGCAGAAGAAGUAUCUCAGCAGUCUUGAGCAAAUUAAUGAAAGAGAUGAAGAGUAGGUUAGGAAACUCAGAGAUUAGAAUAAGUCUCACAGUAUUAAGUAUAAUCAGCAGGAGGAAUACGAGAGAAUAGCUCUAGAAGAAGGAGCUCCUGAAACUCUUCAAGACAUAUUCAAGAUAAGCAAUAGAAAUAGGAAAAGGAAUAAACAGAAAAAGAAGGUUAAGAAUGGAAUGGAUGUGUCAGAAUACUCUGACAGCAGUGCAGGAAGCAGCAGGGAAAAUCAGGAGAACAUCUACCAAAUUAUUUCAAAAUAAUACUAUCAAGAUUAGGGUAGCUAAAGAAAUAACAACACCCAAAGAGGCUACAACACUGAAACUGAUAAAAUUAACAAGCUUAAUGAUCUUGAAUUUAUGAAGUAUAUAGGUUGGAUUGAUGACACUAAACUACAAGAACUUUAGAUAUUGCAAAAUCAAAACUACUAGCAAUAGUACUCCUCUUAUAAUAACUAUAGUGGCUCUUAGUCUUAUAACUAAAACUCUUAUCACUACGGCGGCUAAUCUAAUUCUAAUUCUUAUGGAAACAAUCCUUAAAGAAGAGUGUUUUAACCCCAAACUAUUUCAAAUCAUCAAAGCAAUAAUUAUCAUUAGCAAUAAUAGUAGUAAUAAUCUAGAUUCUACAAUAACUAGAGCUCUUUUAACAACAGCUCUAGUAGCGGUAACUAUUGGGCAGGCAAUAGUAACAACAAUAAUAAUUGCAAUAGUGGUGGUAAUAACAAUCCCAUAUACAAUAAAAAAUCACCAAUUAGCUUUCAGAAAUAAACUUCAAAUGUAAGUUGCAACAACACAAAUAAUGCUAACUAUCCCAGUGGAAGUAAGCAGCAAUCUUUCAGCAGAUAACUUUCAUAUGGACAAAAGACAAACGGUGGGACUAGCGGAGGAGCUAACUAUAAAGGAGUAGCAACUUCUUAUAAUAACAAUAGCAUGAUUUAUAGCCCUAAAGAUUAAAUUGUGAAGAAGAGAUGA